AAAUUGGGAACUUGAAACAUUUGGACACAUUAGAUGUCUCGGGAAAUAUUAUGGAUGGUGAAAUCCCCAACAGUCUAGGCAAUUGUGAUGGACUGACAGUACUAAGGAUGCGAGAUAACCUCUUCCAUGGGUUCAUUCCUCAAUCAAUUAGCUCUUUAAGAGGCAUUGAGGAAUUAGAUCUUUCCAACAAUAAUUUCUAUGGUGAAAUUCCAAAGUUCUUAGAGGCAUUUCAGUUUUUGGUAAAGGUGAAUUUAUCUUACAAUCAUUUGGAAGGCCCGCUACCAACUCAAGGAGUUUUUAGGAAUGGGAGUGCGAUCUUUUGUUGCCGGAAAUGAAAAGCUCUGUGGAGGAAUGCCUGAAUUUGAGCUCCCUCAGUGCGUCUCUCGAAACUCCAAAAGUAGAGGAGGAGUCCAUAAGUUGAAACUCACCAUUUCAGUUGUUUUUGAUCUUCUCGGAAUAAUUCUCCUUGUCACUUUGCUAUAUCUAUGUUGGUUGAAGGAGAAAAAAAGCAAGCCAAUUUCAAGCUCCUCAAAUAAUUCAUUACCGAAUCUGUCUUAUGAAACACUUCUAAAAGCAACCGAUGGUUUUUCUUCGACUAAUCUAAUUGGGGCUGGAAGUUUUGGGUCUGUCUACAAGGGGCUGCUCCGGGAGAACGGAAAUGUCAUUGCCGUGAAGGUGCUUAAUUUAAUGCGGCAUGGCGCUUUCAAGAGCUUCAAAGCUGAGUGUGAGGCUCUGAAGUGUAUAAAACACCGAAAUCUUCUGAAAGUCUUGACGGCGUGCUCAGGAAUUGAUUAUAAGGGUGAUGAGUUUAAGGCUUUAGUUUAUGAGUUCAUGGUCAAUGGCAGCCUAAAAGAGUGGCUGUACCCAAAUCCAGUUCAAGAUGAUGUAGACAGGCACUCCAAGAAAUUGAGUCUAGUCCAAAGGAUAAACAUUUCCAUUGAUGUUGCUUCCGCAUUAGAUUAUCUCCAUAAUCAAUGCAAAAGCCCAGUAAUUCAUUGUGAUCUAAAGCCAAACAAUGUCCUUCUAGAUGCUGACAUGGUCGGACAUGUUGGUGACUUUGGGUUGGCGAAGAUUGUCCUCGAAUCCACAUCUGACACUAGAGCAAAUACGAGUUCUGCUGGUUUAAGAGGAACAAUAGGUUAUGCAGCUCCCGAAUAUGCUAACGGAAGGCAGGUCUCAAGAGAAGGUGAUGUCUAUAGUUACGGCAUCCUCUUAUUAGAGAUGUUCACGGGAUUAAGUCCCACUAGCGACAUAUUUAGAGAUAAUUUGAAUCUUCAUAAUUAUGUUGCUGAGGCUCUACCCCAACGAGCUAUGGAGAUUACCGAUCCCGUGGUGCUUCACAUAGGAGAGAGCCACGACAGUUCCCAUGAUGCGCUUCACAAAAGAAACUGCAUAUUUCAGGAAUGCUUGGAAACAAUAUAUCGUAUUGGACUCGCUUGCUCUGUGGAGGAGCCUAGAAGGCGCAUGAACGUCGACAAAGUUGCAACCCAGCUGCACUUGAUCAGGAAGAAACUUUUGGCAGCUUUUUUACUUGGAAGGAUGAGACACGAGUAGAUGGCAUCGAAAGUAGCAAGUUCUUCAUUUCCUAUAAUGAAUCUCUGUAGUACUAUUUGCGAAUGAAAAAGGAAGGACGAAUGUCUGACUUUCCUAAUUUCCUUGUGAAUCUAA